AUGUCUAAGUUGAAUUUGGGUCCAGUUAAAGCGUUUAAUGUUAUGAAGACUUGUUUUGGCGGUUUUGAAGACGUGGGUGCAAGUAAAGUUGAAUUUAAGAACAACAAAAGGCAAAUUAACUUUUUUAUAGGGGAAUACGACGUUGAGAUGGUUGUGAGACAUUUGGAUGAAAAAAGUCAGUCACAGCCUAAUUUCUCGUACGAUUACUUCACAGAUGAAGAGAAUCGUUUGAAGGGACUUUUUUGGUGUGAUGAUCAAGCCAAACGUAAUUACCACGUGUUUGGUGAUGUGAUUUCGUUUGACGCCACGUAUCGUUCCAACAAAUACGCUAUGGUGUUUGUACCGUUCACUGGUAUAGACAAUCACCACUGCAAUGUUACAUUUGGUGCUGCAUUAUUGGCGUCAGAAACUGAACCCAAAGUUGUUAUCACUGACCAAGAUCCAGCAAUGAAGAAAUUUGUUGACACGAGGCAUCGGUUAUGCAUGUGGCAUGUGAUGCAUAAACUUUCUUUGAAGGUUGGUGUUAGGAUAUGCAAUUCCACCAACUUCAAAGAACGUAUUAGUGGUGUUGUGUGGACGGAUAUUCUUACACCCGAAGAGUUUAAAUCAGAAUGGGAAGUGGUUAUUGGAGAGUUCAAUUUAGCAGAUAAUGACUGGCUCUCUGAUAUUUUUGCACUCAGGGAAUCUUGGAUCCCUGCAUACUAUAGAAUGGAGGAGUUGUCGGGCCUUAUGCGAACGACAUCGAGGUUGGAGAGUGAGAAUCAUGUUUUUGGUCAAGUGUGUAAUUCAAAAGCUACUCUGGUUGAGUUUAUGACUCAUUACGAAACUGCAAUAGAAGCACAGCGUCACACGCAUCGGAAAAAUGAUCAUGAAUCUCGAUACAAACGCCCCUAG